UGAAUUCAUCUUGUAAGCUCGUACUUCGUGGAUAUUAUGAUGUCACAACAGAAUUAUGUUAAAUAUCGAAUAAUUUUUUACCAGCGUUUUUUUAGUGAAAUAUCGAAUACAAGUGUUUCUUUAUAUUGUUUGUAUUAAAGACCUAUCUAAAUGGAGACACAAAGCAAUGUUAUAAGGCUAUCGAAAGAAGAUAUUCCGUUAAUAUCUAAACCGCGGAAUGACAACUCGUGGACAAGAUGUUGUACUUGGAUGUGGAGAAGAUGUUGUAGAGAACGUGAGUUAAGAGCUAGAGUCAUUCACAUUGGUCAACCGAUGCAUGAAAAAUUUCCUACUAAUGUUAUCAGAAAUCAGAAAUAUAAUAUUGUCACAUUUUUGCCUAUGGUUCUUUUUCAACAAUUUAAGUUUUUUUUAAAUCUAUACUUUCUGCUUAUGGCUAUAUCACAAUUUAUACCAGAUAUACGAAUAGGGUAUUUAUAUACAUACUGGGGACCUUUGUGUUUUGUGUUAACUAUUACAAUUUGUCGAGAAGCAAUUGAUGACUUUAGGCGAUAUAAAAGAGACAAAGAGGUCAAUGCCCAAAAAUAUUAUAGAUUAAUAAAAGGUUUUGAUAGCCCAGAAUUAGUACCAAGUUCUAAAUUACGAGUAGGCGAUUUGGUAAUUGUGGAGAAAGGUCAAAGAGUACCAGCUGAUUUAGUUUUAUUACAAACCACAGAAAAAUCUGGUUCAUGCUUUGUUAGAACAGACCAAUUGGAUGGAGAAACAGAUUGGAAGUUGAGACUGGCUGUGCCAGUUACUCAAAAACUAGAAAAUAACUCUCAACUAUUUGAUAUAAAAGCUAGUAUAUAUGUUGAGAAACCACAAAAAGAUAUUCACAGCUUUAUUGGGACAUUUACAAGGUAUGAUGGAUAUAGUAGUGAAGAAAGUUUGGGCGUGGAUAAUACUCUAUGGGCAAACACGGCUAUCGCGUCAGGUUCAGCUCUUGGUAUUGUAGUAUAUACCGGACAGGAAACUAGAUCGCUAAUGAAUCAUUCGGCACCACGAUCGAAAGUUGGUCUAUUAGAUCAGGAAAUAAAUCAAUUAACAAAGGUCUUGUUUUGUGCUGUAAUUGGACUAGCAUUAGUAAUGAUGUCUUUAAAAGGAUUUAAUGGGCCAUGGUAUCGUUAUAUGUUUCGUUUUGUUUUAUUAUUCUCUUAUAUAAUACCGAUCAGUUUAAGAGUAAACUUAGAUAUGGGGAAAGCUUUUUAUGCUUGGUGUAUACAAAGGGACAAGGAAAUUGCUGGAACAGUUGUAAGAACCACUACCAUUCCAGAAGAACUUGGUCGUAUUUCAUAUUUAUUAAGUGACAAAACCGGCACGUUGACACAGAAUAAAAUGGUUUUCAAAAAAUUACAUUUAGGCAUGAUAUCUUAUGGCCAAGAAACAUUUGACGAAGUUACGGCCGUAUUAAAAACAUGUUAUUCUACAAAUUCUGAAAUUUCACCGGUAAAACCAUCAACAUCUAUACAUAGUGGUAAAGUAAGAAGAUCAGAAAGUACUAGAAUAUAUGAUGCAGUUCAUGCAUUGGCUUUGUGUCAUAAUGUAACACCAGUUUAUGAUGAAGUAAACAAAUCAUCUACCUUAGAUGCAAUGAGCAUACAAACAGGAGAAACAGGAGAUUCUGGUUCCAUCCAAAGUCAAACAGAAGCGGACCAACAUUAUUAUUUGCCAGAACAAAAACGUAAUUACCAGGCUUCCAGUCCGGAUGAAGUAGCAUUGGUCAAGUGGACAGAGGAAAUGGGAUUAGCUUUAGUGAAGCGUGAUUUAAAUUUUAUGCAAUUGAAAGCUCCGAAUGGCAAAAUUUUAAACUAUACAAUCCUACAAAUAUUUCCAUUCACUUCAGAGACUAAACGAAUGGGAAUAAUAGUGAGAGAAGAAUCUAAUUCUGAAAUAGUAUUUUAUCUCAAAGGUGCGGACGUAGUAAUGUCUGGAAUAGUACAGUAUAAUGAUUGGCUUGAAGAAGAGUGUGGUAAUAUGGCUCGAGAAGGUUUAAGGACAUUAGUUGUUGCAAAAAAGAAUUUAACAGAAGAACAGUAUCUUGAUUUUGAAGCAAGAUAUAAUUCCGCCAGAAUGAGUGUCAGUGAUCGCGUUUCAAGAGUUGCUGCAGUUGUCGAAAGUUUAGAAAGGGAAAUGGAAUUGUUAUGUGUAACCGGUGUUGAAGAUAGGUUGCAAGAUAGAGUAAGACCGACAUUGGAAUUAUUAAGAAAUGCUGGAAUUAAGAUUUGGAUGUUAACGGGCGACAAAUUGGAAACAGCAACUUGUAUAGCAAAAUCUUCAUGUUUAGUUUCACGAACGCAAAGUCUUCAUGUUUUCAAAUCAGUGGUAACACGCACGGACGCACACCUGGAAUUAAAUACCUUUAGAAAAAAACAAGAUUGUGCCUUAGUCAUCAGCGGAGAUUCUUUAGAGGUAUGUUUGCAAUAUUACGAACAAGAAUUCUUGGAACUAGCAUGCGGUUCACCGGCUGUUGUUUGCUGUCGAUGUUCCCCUACGCAAAAAGCCGAAGUUGUUAGUCUUAUACAAAGACAUACUGGCAAAAGAACUGCAGCUGUUGGUGAUGGGGGUAAUGAUGUAUCAAUGAUACAAGCAGCAGAUGCUGGUAUAGGUCUUGAAGGCCUUGAAGGAAGACAAGCUUCUUUGGCUGCGGAUUUUUCUAUUUCUCAAUUCAGCCAUUUGGCAAAUCUUCUGUUAGUUCACGGACGCAGAAGUUAUAAACGUUCUGCUGCUUUGAGUCAGUUUGUUAUUCAUAGAGGCUUAAUUAUUUCCACUAUGCAAGCUGUAUUUUCUGCAGUUUUUUAUUUAUCAUCUGUGUCCUUAUAUCAGGGAUUUUUAAUGGUUGGUUAUGGAACAAUAUAUACGAUGUUUCCCGUAUUUUCUCUGGUAUUAGAUAAAGACGUAUCAGGAAAAAUUGCACUCACUUACCCGGAACUUUAUAAAGAACUAAGUAAGGGACGAUCGUUGUCCUAUAAGACAUUCUUUAUGUGGAUUUUAAUAAGCAUAUAUCAAGGUGGUGUAAUAAUGUAUGGUGCACUUAUAAUGUUUGAAGAUGAAUUUAUUCAUAUAGUGGCUAUAAGUUUCACAGCACUUGUUUUAACGGAAUUAAUAAUGGUAGCAUUAACUAUUAGAACAUGGCAUCAUAUUAUGAUACUUGCAGAGAUUUUUUCAUUGGCACUCUAUUUACUAUCUUUAGUCGUGCUUAAAGAUUAUUUUGAUGCCGAAUUUAUCAAGACCACUGACUUUUUGUGGAAAGUACUGCUAAUAACUUUAAUUUCAUGCAUGCCACUGUAUAUUUUAAAAUUCCUACGAAAAAAAUUUUCUCCCCCUAGUUACACUAAAUUGUCUUAA